AUGUCCGAACAAGUCAAUCGUACUUUAAAAGCACAGAUCGCAAUCUAUACACAACGUCGACCAAAUUUAUGGGAUCAAGAAAUUCAAAAACUUGCGUUCGCUAUACGCAUUUCUGUCAACGAAACCACCGGAAAAACACCUGCUUUUCUCAAUUUAGGUCGAGAUCUUCAUCUACCAUUGGAUCUUAUACUUACAAAUCCACCACCAGGUCCAGUACCUACAACUCCAGAGCACAGAUACAUCCAUCACUACCUCAAAAACUUACUUAACAAUCUUCGUAUUGCUCACAACCUCGUGCGGGAACAUAACGAAGCCAAGAAACUUAUUCAAAAAUGCAACUAUGACAAACAUACAUCUAAACCACAGUUCGCUGUUGGUGAUCUUGUCUGGGUUCAAAUACCGAAGCCACAAAUUGGAAAUACGGUCAUCACAUACAAACUACGUCCCAAAUAUCAAGGACCGUGUCGUCUAAUUGAGCAAUUGUCACCAACAACCUUCACCGUCACACGAAUAACCGAUAAUGUCAAUCUAGGUCCUGCCAACGUUGAUCGGAAGAAAUACUAUUAUGAAUCUCACGUCAGCACAAACUCAUCUUCUUCAGAUACAUCAACGCUUUCAAAUACUACAACACGACUUAUUUCUUUACGUUUACGACGACCACCUAUUCGAUAUUAA